GUAGUGAAUUAAUAUCGAAAAUCGCCUGUCGUGAUCCGUGAACUUUUUUUCAAUUUGUUUACUUAUUUAUUUUGUUAUAAUAAAUUGGUAUGAUUGUGAUUAGCUAAUACAAUGAAAGAUGGAAUUAAAAAGUAACCAAAGCAGCACAUAUUUACUAGCAGUUAUGUGUAAAUAUUAAAAGUGUUGUAAAUUAUUUCUUGCCCACACAACCACGUCUUGCAACUACGAUAUUUCUGUUUCUUUAUGGACAAAACGAAUGAAAAUGGCAGAACCUGUGAAACCGUUCGCGUGUUCGAUGCCCGACUGCGGUAUGACGUUCACCAAUGAAGAUCAUUUACAUGUACACAUGAAAAAACAUGACAUGGUGUUACAGUUUGGUAUGGAACAAAAAGCCGCAUUUGUGGCCGAUCAAACACCAACCCCAACGCGUUUCAUCAGGAACUGCGAGGAAGUUGGUCUCUUCCUCGACCUGCCCAAUGAUAACCCCUUUGAGGAGGGCUUCAAGAGAGCUAUGGAGACCGCCAAACACGGCCUCUCGUCCAUGGAGCACCCGUCACAGAGCACAGAAGACCUGCACACACCGCAGAUGGUGUUCCCGGCCAUCGACCAGGCGGACUCGGCUCUGUUUACCUCCAACAAUCAGAGGAAUAUCACUAUUAGCAGGUCGUCAAGCGAUGAGUCAGGCGCCAUAAAGGAAUACGAAACGACUACUAUAUCAAAACUGACCAAUCAAGUAACGACAAUAAGUAGGCGAGUCGAGAAACACGACACAGACAAACACACAGACGAGACCACCAAACAAAUAGACAAAGAUAUAUCAGAAACUAUUUACACUAACAACGUUAUAAAAAUUAGAAAAGAUAAUUUAGUUAACGUUGAAUGUAGUAUAAGUGGUCAUAAUAAUAUAAUAACAUAUACAGAUUCGGUAACAAAAGAUGUUAAUAUACCUGUUCCGCCUAUUAUGAGUCAGAAAUCUAUAGACAACGUUGUUGAAAGUUUAACAUCCGAUUUGUGUAAUGAUGACACGAAAUUGAUGAAAUCUAAAAACGAAACAGACGAAUACAUGGUGACGAUAACAUUGCCGGGCGGCAAGAAAAUCAAUAUGAAAUCUGUCGAUGAGAAACCCAAGUCUGACGGUGAGAAACCGAAGUCUGUCGAUGAGAAACCGAAGUCUGUCGAUAGAAAUGUCAAAGAGAAAUUGAAGAGCGUUAUAACCAGCAAGGCUCAGACGUUGCCAGUCAUACAGAGUAUAGGUACGCUUAUACCGGUAACAAUAUUGCCCGCUUUGAAUAAAAUGCCAAUUAUGCCAUUGACUAGUAACGUUAUUGGUAACGUUAUUGAAGAACGUAAGACUGUUAAAAGAAGAGUUUGCAAGAGUGACGUGGGUGGAGAGUCUUCGGCGACAGUUGUUAAGAAAGACAGAAAUAAAGUGACAAGGGAACACUUGAAUUCGAGGGUCGCCGCUUCCAGAAGAUACAGAGUCCGUUUGAAGGAGACAAUGAACCAGCAAGUUGCGGAGAUUGCGCGCCUCAGAGAGGCGAACAAACAGCUGGCGGCCGAGUUGGCCGCUGUCAAGAGCGAGUUUAUGGAACAUGUGCGGACAUGUUCCGCCGCCGGAGUAGGAACAACAUUGGCGGGAAUGUGGAUACCUCAAGAGAAAACUAAAGACAUUCCAGAUAAUACUUAGUUUUAAAGAUUUAGUUUGUAUAGAUAUUCUCAAGUCAAUUGACCUCUCACUAAGCAUAGUUUUAAAAUACCAGUCCUAUAUCAAAUCAAUCAAUCAAAUCAAAUCAAAUAUUUUUAUUUCCUCUCAAAUAUCAAGAAGUAUAUACAUAACAUAGGUAAGAACAUGAGAGACUGUAAUAAUAAUAUAAUAUUAAUGACAACUGACUAUUUUAAACUGUAAAAAAAACAUUCUCGAAUUUUAUUAAUUCCUAAUUGUAAUAAAUUCAUGACUUUUUCCCGCAGCGUCGCUCGCGUUAUAGUUGUAAUAAUUCUCUUGGGAAUUUUGGGACGUCACUAACACCUUUUUCCCGGAGGAGUAGGCAGAGACUUCAUCUUACCUUGCUACGAUGCCUGCCUACUUCUUUCUCUUCGUCCACAUUCAUAAUUCUCUUCAUGCUAGCUCGGCGGUUUCGGGGAAGUUUGGGACAUCCCUAAAUUUUUUCGCUAAUAAUAUUGAGCAAAAUAAAAAUUUGUUGCAAAUAAGUAUGUGAAAAAUGUAGAUUAAAUAUUUAAAAAUAAUUUAUUGUAUGCAUGUAUACUGUAGGUGUGCCUUUUUGUAAUAAAUAAAUAUUAGGUCCUUUUCAUGUGAAAUUGGCGUUUUGUUGUACUGGCCACUUCAUUCAUUUAUUUCAUUAUCACGUCUAUAUCCCUUGCGGGGUAGACAGAGCCAGCAGUCUUGAAAAAGUGACAGGCCACGCUCACGGCGCACGCCGGAGGGCCCGGGUUCGAAUCCCGGCCAGGGCAUGAUGAGAAAAGAACUUUUUCUGAUUGGCCUGGGUUUGGAAUGUUUAUCUAUAUAAGUAUUUACUACAAAAUAUAGUAUCUCGUAACACAAGUCUCGAACUUACUUCGAGGCUAAUUCGGUCUGUGUAAUUUGUCCAGUUUGUAUUUUUUUUAAACAGAUAAGCGAGCAGAGACGCCGGGUAAUAUAUAAAUUUUAAAUUAAUAAGGCAAUAUUAAACAAAAAUAACGUAAAAUGAUUAAA